AUGAAGUCAGCGGUUGUUCUGGCUUUUGCUACACUCGCUGUUGCAGCGCCUGGAGGUGGCCCAGGAUCCGGGUGGGGCUCUGGCGGCAGCGGCGGCGGUGAAGGUCAGCCAGCCGGCCCUGGAGGUCCAAGUGGUGGCAAAGGCGGCCAGGGCGCCGGUGACAGUGGAAGCUGGGGAGACUGGUCGACUCAAGGCGGAAGCGGAGGUCAGUGGAAUGACUGGACAUCCUCAUCACCCAUCUCAUCUGUCCCGGUCCCUGUCACAACCACUCCCCUUUCCCCUGUUGUCCCUGUUGUCCCUACCACAUCACAUUGGGAGGAAUGGAGCGCACCGACGACGAAAUCCACGACAACCACCACCCACCCCAAGCCCAGCCCUGUUAUCAAGACCACAACCAGCAAAUGGCAAGAAUGGACGAGUACUAACGUCGUACCUCCCGCUCCAGCUCCUGAGAGUUCAACAUGGCAAGAUUGGACGACGUCGGCGCCGCCUCCAGCUCCUGUUGUCACCACAUCUUCUUGGUCCGAGUGGACGACCAGUUCAGCUCCUCCGGCGCCGGCAGUAGUGACCACCCCAUCGUCGUCUCACUGGCAAGACUGGACGACUUCUUCGGCACCCCCAGCUCCUGCUGUGGAGACGACUUCUUCCGUUCCUCCGGCACCGGUAGAGACCACUUCUCACUGGCAAGAUUGGACCAGCUCUUCUCCCGUGGCUCCAGUCUCUGUCACGACCACCUGGGGUGAAUGGACCACUACUCCCACCCCCGUCGUCCCUGUUGUGCCAGCCACCACCAGCUCGUGGGCCGACUGGUCUUCUUCCAGCGUCCCUGUUGCUCCUGUCUCCAGCAGCUCGUGGAGUGACUGGUCUUCUGCUGCACCCGUCGUCACUCCCACUCCGACCCCCGUGGCUCCCACAACAUCGGCCGCACCUACCACAUCGUGGGCGACCUCAUUUGUUCAGUCAAGUUCGACACCAGCGGCUCCUGUUGCCAGCCAAUUCACCGGCGGCGCUGCCCCGGUCGCCACCGGUGGAUUCAAGGUUGCUGGUGCGGCCGCCGCCUUGAUGGUCGCCGCCCUGCUUUAA